CUCCCUCACUCAGACUGAACAUCCUCUCAGGACACGUGACAAAACCCGGAGUUGGUGACGUCGCAGAACAACAAAGAUGGCAGGGAUAGGAAGCAGCAACUACUGGGAAGAUCUGCGAAAGCAGGCAAGACAGUUGGAGAAUGAACUUGACCUGAAGUUGGUCUCCUUCAGUAAAUUGUGCACCAGCUACAGCAGCUCCAGGGAUGGACGCCGAGGAGACACGUCGGACACCACCCCGCUGCUAAACAACUCUACCCAGGACAGGAUGUUUGACACCAUGUCAGUGGAGAUUGAACAACUGCUGGCCAAACUGACUGCAGUGAACGACAAAAUGGCGGAAUACACCAACACUCCAGGCACGGCUUCCCUCAAUGCUGCACUCAUGCACACGCUCCAGAGACACAGAGACAUCCUACAGGACUAUACACACGAAUUCCACAAAACCAAAGGCAACUUCUUGGCCAUCCGAGAAAGAGAAGACCUUCUCGGGUCUGUCAGAAAAGACAUUGAGACAUACAAGAGUGGCUCUGGGGUCAACAACAGAAGAACAGAACUGUUUUUAAAGGAGCAUGAGCACCUGAGAAACUCGGACCGACUGAUGGAUGAUACAAUAAGCAUCGCUAUGGCGACCAAGGAGAACAUGACCUCCCAAAGGGGCAUGCUGAAAUCCAUACAGAGCAGGGUCAACACACUGGCCAAUCGUUUUCCAACUAUCAACAAUCUCAUCCAGCGAAUCAAUCUGCGGAAGAGACGAGACUCUCUCAUCCUCGGCUCGGUGAUUGGCGUCUGCACCAUCCUCCUCCUACUCUACGCUUUUCACUAACCGACCAGGCCUGGUGAAAUCUUUAAAGAAGCAGGAUUCAUCUGCUCUCUGUAGCGUGGGAAUCGCUCUGGAGACUGAGCUCAGUGGUUGGAGGACCCUGGAGGUUCCCGAGCAGAAGGACAUUCAGUUGGUCCAGUUCUGGGACAAGAACAAAUUUGGCCAGCAUGUUCGACUGAACCUGUAAUUAGCAGCGGGACAGAUGGAGGGCUGGUGGUUGGGUGUUCUUCUGCCAACAUGGGAAUGGAGACCAAAAGUACAAAUAAGACUAGAUUUAAAAAAUAUAUAUAUAUAUAUUGAUAACUCACUUGGAGAGAGACUCUGUGCCGUUGAAAAUGUGAAGAGACUGUGAGACUGUGAUGUUUUGGGGUUUUUUUCACAGGUGGAAGGAUUUUUAGAUGAAUGGUUCUUUUUAACUGAUGGAGUGGGUUGGAUCAUUGUGGGCUGUAAAAUGUGAAUUAAUAAAUUAUUCAUAUCAUUAUGUGCAAACUAA